AUGCUGCUAGCUGCGAGCCAACAGGGCUACGUGGCUCCCGGCAUGAACAUGUACGGCCAGCAGAGCUACAUGAGCCCCGGUGGCUACAUGGGCCAGGGUCAGUUCGGGCAGCCUGGCUAUGGGGGCAUGGGCAUGCCUGGGCAGCCGGGAUACCCGGGACAGCCUGGCAUGCCUGGCCAACCUGGAAUGCCACCGCAAGACAUGCAGCCUCAAUUCAAUUUCCGCACCACCGUGCGAUGCUUCAUGGAGAUCGCCGCCAUCAUCCAGGGCUUCUCCCUGAUCUUGAUGAUGGGAAAUGGCUGGGUCCAGGAGAUGGGCUCUAACGAGGAGCAGCCCUUGAGGCGCUUCGCCGUGUGGAUAGGCAGCUCCUUGCGCGGAAUCUUCUCUUCCCUGUUGCCAUUCUUGGCCAAGCGCAAGAAUCGCUCAAUGGAGGAGAUUUGGGACAUGGAGACGACUCCGAAGAUGCCGACACGUUGGUGGGUUGUUCUUGGUUGGAUCUACUUCGCUGCCUCCUUCCUUCAGGAGUGGAACGCUUACCAGCGUGCGCGGAACCGGCCUGUCAGUCUCUCUCAAAGCGCCGUUCUACAGCGACCUUCAGGGCCAAAGGCUGUCACAGCGGCAGAGGGCGAUGCCGCGGGCGGCGCUGGCGCUGGGGGCAAAGGGAGUAUCGUGGACUUCUAUUUGCAGAAACAGCAGGAGAUGUACCGGCAGAAGCAGGGCUCCCAACCAGGAGCUGCUUCCAUCGGCACAGCAGGUGGAUACGCUCUGCAGAGAACCGCAGCCUCCGUUGCGUCGCCCGCAGACACAGCUCCUGGAGGGACGGACGUGGACACAGGUUAA